ACUGGUUUCUUGAACAUGACAAUGAGUUCACUGUAUUCAAAUGGCCUCUAUAGUCACCAGAUCUCAAUUAAAGCACCUGUAUUUCCACCUAGAAUAGUAGAAUAUUAGUAGAUUAUUUUAUUACCUUUGCACCUCUGUGUGCGCCCACGGGGAAUACAUUUUCAAAUUCAAACAUACCCGGGUAUAUCACAGCUUUCUGUAAUACCGCCCUGUUCUGUAACCGAAAACUAUUCAAUCUCAGAGUACUCAAGUGUUCAAGUUUUAACUCACAGUUGAUUAAACCUCCUUACUGAUAUCAUCGUGUGUUAUUGUCCGGCUGAUCACGUGACUGAUACCUGCGGCAGACCAUGCACCUGUUCCGGGGUGGAGUCUGAUGAUGAAGAGGAGGAGGCUGAAGAAACCAAAGAAAGCGUAUCGCAGUAAGCGUAUCCUAGCCAAAGUCGAGACAUUUAAAGCGAUUUAAGCCGGUAACAUGUCGUUGUGAGCGGAUUUUCCAUCUGUUGUUUGUAUUACUGCACGUUCACGCGGGAGUUUUGUGUGUUAUUCGUCAUCAUGACGCCGCGGAUGAUGGUCGUGUUGCUUCUGAGUUUCUUCAGCUCAGGAGUUCUGUCUAUCCAGGUGACUCUCUCAGAGACAGAGAAACGCACAACUCUUUUUGCUUCGAUCACGUUACGGUGUGACUACUCCACAUCAUCCCAGCAGCAGAAUGUCAUGGUCACCUGGAAAUUUAAAUCCUUCUGUAAAGAUCCUGUUCUGGAGUAUUAUUCCACAGCGUAUCAGGCCGCCCUUCAGUUGGGUCAAGACCCUGCAAACGACUGUAUGGACUCGCAGCGCACCAUCCGAACCGUAGCUCAGAAACUAGGAUCCAAUGAGGCUGUGCUGGGCGCGGAGUACCGGGACCGAAAAAUCUACAUUCAGAACAAGGCCGAUCUCGUCAUCAAUGAGGUGAUGUGGUGGGAUAAUGGGAUGUAUGUCUGCUCUGUGGUAGCACCUGGAGACACAAUUGGAAAUCCAGACAAGGAUAUGAGACUUAUUGUGUACAACUGGCUGACGGUUCUCCUGAUCGUCUUAGGAGCUCUGAUGCUCGUCCUUCUGUUGUGCAUCUGCUGCUGUCAGUGUUGUCCGCAGAAAUGCUGCUGUUACGUCCGCUGCCCGUGCUGCCCGCAAACCUGCUGCUGCCCUGAGAAAGCGGUUAUGCAGCACAGAAUGAUAAAAGAGGCUCAGAAAGCCAUGACUCCCUGGUUGAACGGCCAGCCGGUCUACGCACCAAUGAGCAACCACAGCUCCUACCAGAUGAACCCGAUGCUGUACGCAGGAUCAGGGAAGGGCUCUAUGACACCGGUUCCUCUCCCCCCUCCACAGAUGGCACCCAUGCACAUUAACAUGGCGCCCCCAAGCUUUCACGGCAAUGGCAGCGUUCACGGGACCAACCAGGUGCUGGACCAUCUGGAAAGUCAGAUGCGCGGUAUGAACGUCAACAGCCCGCUUCUGCAGCCCCAGCCCGCCAUCCCGCUGCAGCACAUGCCUCCCCAACACAUGCCUCCUCCUCCCCAACACAUGCCCCAGCACGUGCCCUUUUCCGCCGGCCCUCCCAGCAUGCUCUCUGCCUUGGAUGACGGCCCGGCCUCGCACAGACACCCGCCCGGUACGCGCAGAGGACGCUCUAGCGGCUCGUCCACCUACAGCGCCUCGCGUCGUGAUGACCGGCGCUAUCCUCGUCCAGGUAUUCCACGGAGCCACAGUCACGAAGACGUUCUGGACGCCCGGAGCCGAUCCGGAGCCUAUCGUCCUCGAUCGCGAUCCAGGGACAAUCUCUUUGACGAGGACCGCAGAGGGCCGCCUAAGCGAGACGAUUCGUGGAGCUCGGCCAAUGACGAGGACAGCCGACGUGGAGGGGCACGAGGAGGAGGGUGGUUGGAUCAUCCUCCGAGUUACAGUGAAUACGAACCAGGAAAGAAGCCGACAAAGCGCCCAGAACGCUUCUCUGACAAAAGUUCACGCAGUGGCACCAGCGUAGUCAUCUGAUGUCAUCUGGUGAUCCAGCACAUGGCCAAGAACUCAUACUUGUAUGUUAAUGUGUAUAGUAUGUUAACUAAAGUAAGAGGAAAAUAAAUGUGUCAUUUUUUUAAAAGAAUUGUUACAAAUGCCCCAUUUUACUCGUUAGUUUAACUUUUAACUCAAGGGGGCAGUUUCCCGGACAGGGCUAAGACUAGUCCUAGACUAAAAAAAAGAGCUGUCCAAACUGAAAACAACUUACACUGACACAUAUCUUAAAAAUACAUCAGUGCCCUUUGCUUAGUCCCGAUUUAAGCUAAUCCCAGUCAGGGAAACCUAACCCCAAGAUGAUUUAAUUGCUUUAUUUGAAUGUGAACAAAAAUCUUAAUGUAUUACAUUAGAGAAAGAUUACCUUGAAUUUGUUUUUAUAUAUUCAUUUUGAACGUUGUUCGGGUUUUAAAAAGAUUAUCCAUGUAAAUAAAAAAUAUGUUUUGUUGUAAUAUUUAAUUUUAGUCUUUGAAUAAUGCCUAUUCUCUUCAGCAGCACACAGAUUGCAAUAUAGGAGUUUAUUCAUCUAUUGAUUAUUAAAAAGUGUAGCAGUCCUUGCUGUGAAUAAACCUGUUGUGUGAAUGUGGUUUGUAUAUAGUUGUGUUGUCAACGCUCAGAUUAAACACUUUCUAGCCUCUUUGUAAA